UCCCGGGAACCGCCUCCGUCCCGAUCCCGCGCUUCCCCCUGGCAGCGGCCCCGGGCAGAGCAGUGCAAUCAUGGCAUCCAUGGAAGAAAACUUUCCUCGAGGAGGCAUCCAGAAGAAACCUGCAGAGGGAAAAACACCCAAGCCAAAGUCAGAGCGGGACAAUUUGUUUGAUGUUCAACAUGAAGAAAAAUCCCUGAAGAGAAAAAGGGGCCAGAAAGAUCAAGAAAAGCAGAAAAGGUUCAAGGCAGACAAAACUGUUAAAGCUGCUGUUAAAGACAAUGUUAUGAAUAUUGGACCACUCACAAUUGAGGCGCUCAGUGAGGGGAUGCUGCUCCUUGGCUGUAUAAAAGAGGUCAGUGAUUACGAGCUCGCCAUCAGUUUGCCCAACGGCCUCUCCGGGUUUGUGCCGGUCACGCAGAUCAGCGAUGCCUACAGCAAACUGCUGACCAAGCAGGUGGCCCAAGGAGAAGUCCUGGAGGAGUUGAAUUCGCUCCCAGACGUGUUUUCUCCAGGGACACUGGUCAGGUGCAUCGUGACCAGCAUUGAGAAAAGAGACGAUGGACGUCGCAGUGUCAAGUUAUCGAUUGACCCCAAGAAGGUCAACAAGGGCCUGAACUCUACAGCACUAGCAGCAGGCAUGCUGCUCUCUGGCUCUGUGUCGAGUGUGGAAGACCAUGGCUACCUCAUAGAUAUUGGUGUCAUUGGAACUCAUGCUUUCCUGCCUCAUGAGAAAGCCAAAAAUUACAUCAAAGCAGUCAAGAAAGGGCCUGACUUGAAAAUAGGCCAGAACCUGAACUGCCUCAUUGUGGAAGUGAAGAACGAGGGCAGGGUGGUCUGUUUGUCCAUUGAUCGAUCGGAGGUGGCUGCAUCCAUUGCCACAGAGCGACAGAACUGGGCACUCUCCAAUUUAUUGCCAGGGCUGGUGGUGAAAGCUCGAGUGCAGAAGGUGGCCCCACUUGGGAUGAAACUGACAUUUCUGUCUUACUUCACUGGCAUUGUGGAUUUCAUGCACAUUGACCCAGAGAAAUCCAUGAGCUAUUCUCCAGAUCAAGUGGUGAAGGCCUGCGUGCUGUCUGUACACCCCACGUCGAGGGCGGUGCGGCUCACGCUGCGCUCGCCCUUCCUGCACGCCGGGGGAGCCCCGCGCCAGCUCCCCGGCCCACGCAUGGGGGCAGUGCUGGAGGAGGCCACCGUGAAAGCCUUCUACAAACAGUUUGGGGCCAUCUUUGAGCUUGACGAUGGCACUCUUGCGUUUGCACGGUUGAAACAUCUUUCAAAAACCAGAAAAUCCUUUAAACCUGGGGCAUUUAAGGAAGGUUCCAAACAUAAAUGUCGGAUCAUUGACUACAGCCUGAUGGAUGAGAUGUGUAUUGUAUCUCUGAAGAACCAGAUUAUUGAAGCACGGUUUCUGCAGUACCAGGAUAUCCACACGGGUGAUGUGGUGCAGGGCAAAGUGCUCUCUCUAAAACCCAUUGGGAUGCAGGUGAAAGUGGCUGAUGGGAUUAGAGGACUUGUACCAUCCCUCCAUCUCUCUGAUGUGAUCCUGAAGCAGCCUGAGAAGAAGUACAACGUAGGAGAUGAAGUCAAGUGUCGGGUGCUAGAGUGCAAUCCUGGAGGAAAGAAGCUGAUCCUUACUCUAAAGAAAAGUCUCGUUCAGUCAAAGCUUCCAGUCCUCUCAAAUUAUGAAGAUGCAAAACCAGGUCUGAUUACACAUGGCUUUGUAGUGUGUGCAAGGGAGUUUGGCUGCAUUGUGAAGUUCUACAACGAUGUCAAAGGUCUGGUACCCAAGAAUGAGCUGGGCUCAGAACCCAUAUCUUGUCCAGAUAAAGUCUUCUAUGAAGGCCAGGUUCUUAAAGUAAUGGUCUUAAAAUGUGAGCCUCAGCAGGAAAGACUCUUAUUGUCCUUCAGAUUAUCAAGCAAACCUGGCCCUGAGGAAAAAUGGAAAUGUACUCCAAAGGAGAAGCAGGAAAUGAAGUACCAGAUAGGAGAGAUUGUUGAUGUGAAAAUCUUGAAGAAGAAAGAUAAUGGGUUAGAAGUUUCCAUCUUAGAAGAUGAAGACAAUGUGGUAGCCUGGAUCCCCAUGCUGCACCUCUCUGACUUUGUUGCUGCCUCCAAGCUCCUGUGGCACUGUCUUCAAGAGGGAGACGUCCUGCCCAGAGUUAUGUAUCUAAGUGACAAGGGAGAGCACAUUAUCUUGAGUAGAAAGUCUGCAGUGAUUUCUGCUGUACAGGAGGAGCAAGUUGUAAGAAGCUUCUCAGAAAUCCAGCCUGGGAUGCUGUUGACUGGUUAUGUGAGGAAUGUGAUGCCAUUUGGAGUAUUUGUGGAGUUCCCUUUUGGUGUGACAGGACUGGCACCUAAAGUGAGCAUGAGUGACAAGUUUGUGACAGACACCAAGGACCACUUCGUGGUGGGACAGACUGUGAUUGCAAAGGUGAUGAGCAUUGAUGAGGAGAAGCAGCGUGUGCUCCUCAAUCUGAAGGUGUCUGAGUGCAGCUCAGGAGAUUCUGCUGCAGAGAGCUUUGGCCUCCUGAAUCAAUAUUUCAAGGAGCUGAAAGAAAUCAGGGACUUGUUGAAAAGAGGAGAGCCUGGCAUCUGUGAGUUGGUGCCUGGGAAGAGGAUGCAUCUGGUCGUGCAGGAUGUGAGGGAGGAUGGCUCAGCACUGUUCAGUGGCAGCUCUGUCACAGGCUUGUCUGUAACUGCCACCCGCUACCAUUUGGGAGCCAAAAAUAUUGCUCCUGGUGAGAAAAGGAAGGCAUUGGUUCUUCAUGUGGAUGCCCUCACAUCUGAGGUGCAUGUUUCUCUUCGGGAAGAACUGUUAAAGCAAAGACCCAAGCGACGGCUCCGAGAGAACUCGCAGCACUCUGCGGUGGUGCAGCACAUCACAGAGCACUUUGCCAUCGUGUCUCUGCUGGAGACAGGCCAGCUGGCAGCUGUCCCCAUCGCCUGCCACUUCAACGACACCUUCCGCUUCGACUCGGAAAAACUGAGGGUGGGACAAACAAUCUCUGCCACCUUAAAAACCGUGAAGGAGAACAACCAUGGAGUCUUGUUAGCAGUACAGGGCCCAGCCAAGAAGAAUGUUUUUGUAAGGGUGCGGAGCGAGUCAGAGACAGCCCUGGAGGAGACGCUUCCUGCUGUGAAACACUCGCUGUCCCCGGGGGAUGUUGUUACUGGUACCGUCAAAUCCGUCAAGCCGACCCACGUCACUGUAGCUAUUGAUGACAAGCUGACGGGUUCUAUCCAUGCAUCCCGGAUUCUGGAUGAAGUGCCCAUAGGCUCUUUUCCAACUUCUACUCUGAAAGCCGGACAGAAAGUGACUGCUCGAGUCAUUGGAGGCAGAGAUGUGAAUACUCACAGGUGCCUGCCAAUCACCCAUCCACACUUCACACAAUCCAUUCCAGAGCUCAGCAUUCGACCAAGUGAACAAGAAGGGGAAUUCACAGCAAUGCUGAACCUUAAAGAAGAAAAGUCCCUCAAAAAACUUGGACUCUAUGAUGUUGGACAGACAGUCACCUGUUUUGUAAAGAAGUAUAACGUGCUCAAAAACUGGCUGGAGGUAGAAGUUGCCCCGGACAUUCGAGGAAGAGUUCCUCACCUGCUGCUGUCUCUGAACACCAAGGUCUUAAAACAUCCAGAAAAGAGCUUUAAAAGUGGCCAGGCAAUAUCAGCUACAGUGACUGGAACAGAUGCCACCGAAACAAACCUCUGUUUGUCACUCACAGGAAUUCAGUCACUGGAGCAGGACACCAUCUCUGUAGGCAUGGUAACAAAGGUGACUUCACACGUUGGCUUGACCAUUACACUGCCAGGUGGGAAGACUGGCAAAGUCAGCAUCUUUCACCUGAAUGAUACUUACACAGAGGAUCCUCUGGGGAGCUUCAAAGUUGGCAAAAUUGUCAGGUGUUACAUCCUCUCCAAUGAGAAUGGUAAAAUCCAGUUAUCUCUCAGGCAGUCCCGGCUAAAUCCAAAGAUAAGCAGCAAAGUGGAGGAUAUUGAAAUAAAAAGUAUUAAGGAUGUUAAAAAAGGCCAGCUAGUGAGAGGCUAUGUCAAAUCAGUCACUCCAUCAGGUGUAUUCUUUGGAUUGUCCACUUCUCUUCUGGGCCGAAUCCUAUUCCAGAAUGUUUCCCCAUACUUUGUACAGAAACAUUCAUUAUAUGAAAAGUACCUGCCUGAAGGAAAGCUGCUCACUGCCAAAGUACUUAGGGUAAAUAGAAAAGAAAAGCAUACUGAGCUCUCUCUCCUGCCUGAGGACACUGGGAUGCCAAGUGUCUUGCCUGAAUCCCUAGGCCUACCACAAUAUGGAGCAGAGGAAGAGAAAAGAGAGGCAGAUGAUGAGGAAAAAAGAGAAGAGCCUAAGCCAAAGACAAAAAAGAGAAGAGGAAAUCAUGAAAGUGGUCAGGAGGCAAAGCCAAAGAAGAGGAAGAUCUGCCCAACAGAUGAAAAUGACAGUGGAAUUGAGGUAUAUUACCGUGAGGAGGAAGAGGACCAGGAGGAAGAGGCAGCUAAAAAGAAAUCUACGGUAAGGAAGCCUGGUGAAGCUCCCAGGCUGCAAGUUUCCAUGGGCUUCACCUGGGAUGAAGACAAUGCAAUGGAUAUACCUGUGCUGGAUCAGAAGGAAGAGAGCUCAGAGAGCGAGGAGGAGGAGGAUAUGCAGUCCAAGCUGAAGAAACGAACAAAGAAGGAGAAGGAUCUGGAGAAGCAGAAGAAGGAGAAGGAGCUUUGCAAAGCAGAGGCGGCUCUAAUGGACCCGAGCCGGCAGCCCCAGUCAGCAGAUGACUUUGACCGCCUGGUGCUGGGCAGUCCCAACAGCUCCAUCCUCUGGCUGCAGUACAUGGCUUUCCACCUCCAGGCUACAGAGAUUGAGAAGGCCAGAGCUGUGGCAGAGAGAGCACUUAAAACAAUCAGUUUCAGGGAAGAACAGGAGAAGCUGAACGUCUGGGUAGCUCUGCUGAACUUGGAGAACAUGUAUGGUACUGAGGAGACACUGAUGAAGGUUUUUGAGAGAGCAGUUCAAUACAAUGAGCCUCUGAAAGUCUUCCAGCAUCUGUGUGACAUCUAUGCCAGUUCUGAGAAGUGCAAGCAAGCAGAAGAAUUGUACCACACAAUGCUGAAGCGUUUUCGUCAGGAGAAAUCCGUGUGGCUGAAAUACGCCUCUUUCCUCCUGAAGCAAGGCCAGGCUGAGGCUACACACAGGCUUCUGGAGCGUGCUCUCAAGGCUCUGCCCACCAAAGAACAUGUGGAUGUCAUUUCAAGGUUUGCACAGCUGGAGUUCCAUUCUGGGGACACAGAACAUGCCAAGGCCCUCUUUGAGAGCACCCUCAGCAGCUAUCCCAAGCGGACAGACGUUUGGUCCAUCUACAUGGACAUCAUGAUCAAGCAUGGCAGCCAGAAGGAAAUCCGAGACAUCUUUGAGAGGGUCAUACACCUGAGCUUGGCCCCAAAGAAGAUGAAAUUCUUCUUCAAACGCUACCUGGAUUAUGAGAAGAAAUUUGGUACAGCAGAAAGUGUCCUGGCUGUUAAAAGAGCAGCACUUGAGUAUGUGGAGAGCAAGAGUUCCCUUGCUGACACCUAAGUGUGGUGCAAGUGAAAGCAGAGAGACUUGGCUUUCCGUGCAGUGUGGGAACUGAGAAAUGUGGAGUUCUGCUGUGACUGUCCAUGGACAGUGAGUUUCUGGAGAGUAUUGGUCUGUGACCAAACCAGCUUGGAAAGAACAAUCAAUCUGAUAAAUGUUUGCAGCUUUGUCCAGAAGUUACAAAUAAUCCUGGUCUGUUGAUGACAUGUUUUUAAAUACAGACUGUUUUAUAAUCAAAAGAAA